AUGGCCGGGGCUCAGCCUCGUGGCACUGCGACUGCUGUCACAGCCCCAGUUGCAACUGCCAUUCCUCCUCUAGAUCCCGCGACCGAGAGCACCCAUUCAAUGCACGCAGCCACGCCCCUUCACAAGAUGCAACGGAGGUGCAACUUCAGCAGCUUCUAUGGAGUUUUCUGGCGACCGGAGGUGCAGGUGCACCUCCUUGCGCCUGCACAGAGAGAAGGAUGGAAGAACACAUUGGCAUCCGAUUCUAGAGGUUCCAAGCAGGUCAAGCAGGAACAAACACGUAAGAAGGAACACAAGAACAUGCUGCUCAACACUCAGGCAUGUCACAAGCAUCCGCGAGCCUCGCUCAAAAAAGACGCUCAUCUGCUUGGUGAGGAGGAGCUAACUCACGACGACAAGGCGCAAAGGAUCCCUCGCAAGCUCAGUCCACCAAUACGUGAGCAGGCAGGGCAGUCUAGGAGAUCUGCUCCAAAGAGACAACGAGGAGGUAGACCAGUGAUGCUUGCGCCAUGGGAGACAUCGAUGUUGAUCAGCUGCCUCAAGGAGCUGUCUUUCAUCUUCACUAAGGAGUACACGAUCAAGAAACAAGCCAACCACUUAUUCAACGUACACAAGAAGCAUAAUGAGUCCUUCCGUGACUAUAUCAAAAGAUUCAAGGCGGAGAAAGCCAAUAUUGUGGGAUUUGAUGAGCGGAACGCAUCCUCUAUCUUUAAGAAGGGUUUACCGACUGAGCAUGACUUGUAUCAUGAGCUGACUAUCGCUCCUAGUCAGACUUUAGCAGAGGUCUUUAUGACGGCGAAAUGUUGCGCGCUCUUGGAUGAAGAUCGAAUCGCCACAAAGAAGUGUACUAAGCAAGUCGACCAAUCACCCAAGAAGGCGGGUUAG